CUAAGUUGUCACUGAGCUUUCCCGUUGCGCCUCGCUCACACGCUUUGUGCACGCCGGCGUGACGUGUCGUGAAUUCUCCCGCGCUUCGAGAGAUUGACAUCUGCACGUCCGCCACAGAUAGCUCGUAUACUCGCGAGAAGAAGCUAGCAUACAUCGUAGCUUUCCGCUGCGAUUCCGUUCGACUCCGUAUUUUCGCUUCGAACCGUUUCGCAUCGACUAGGAUCACUUGCAGUUGUGUUACAUGGGUUAUAUGUAGGCGGUGGACCUGCUAUACUAAUUACCUCAUAAUCACCUGCUUACACACCUCAUAAUCAUGGAUCGUAACAAUGGAGCUGCCAGCAGGCAGGACAAGGCCUGUCUUCUAUCUAGGAUCCUGUAGCCCACCGCUCACAUCAUUACAUGAUGAAUGCAUCAAGAUUUUCCUCGCGGAAGGGAGCGGGGAAACUACCAGAAGCUGAGCGCAGCGACGAGCAGAAGGAAGCGACAAAGGAAGGCGGCAAGCGUCACACACUACCCUUUAGCUUUGCUAGGAAAUUCAGCUUAAAGUCUCCAGGAGAGAAGUGGGGAAACAGGAAGGCACACGCGGCCACGGGACUUGUCCCUGAGAAAUCGGAGAAGCCGUAUGAGCCGCUUAGCAGCAGUCAGCAGCCUGGCCGCCUGUCUCCGCAGCCCGCCGGUAGGCAGUCGUCGCCCCAGGCCGGGUCGAGACUUUCCCCGCAGAUCGCUCACCGUCACUCUCCCAACAAGCUCUCUCCCAAACGCAGCUUCCACGGAUGGGCGCAGCGCAACAGAGAGAGACUCUCUCCGACGACGACACCAACGUCGACGUCGACGAUGACGACGCCAGACGAGAGCAGCGAGGUGGAGAGCAUACACACGAGCCACAGCUACAACGCUCUGGCCGUAGCGCCCCCUGCGGAAUCCACGGCGGCUAAACAGGAGAAGCACAAGUCGCCGGGAAGGCUGCGCAGGCUGCUACGGAGGAGCCACAGCACGGCGGGUCCCAGCGACGCCCCGGCCUAUGCCCUCUUCCUGAACCACGAACGAGAAAAACAGGGUAUACACAAGAAAUUUUCCAUGCCAACGUCAUCGAGUAUCUUCCGCCACGAUGAUGACGCGAACGCAGAGCUGCCAACGGAUGAGAGUUCUUUAUCGGCAAAGAACAAGAAGAGCUUAACGAAGGAUAUAAAGUCGAAGUUCAAGGCAUUGCGCAGGCGCCACACGGUGAGCGCCCUGCACGGGUCAUCCGGUAGACCGCAGGGCGAGAAAUCGGUGCGACCCACACAAGCUACAGCUCUCUCAUGGGCAGACAGAUUCGACACUCUCCUACAUGACAAAUAUGGACUCUCACUAUUCAUGGCUUUCCUGAAAUCCGAAUUCUCCGAGGAGAAUCUAGAAUUCUGGAUUGCGUGUGAAGAGUUUAGCCACCUGAGACCUGGAAAACUCAACUCACGUGCAAAGAAAAUCUAUGCUGAUUACGUGGCGAUUCAAGCACCACGGGAAGUAAAUCUGGACUCAAAAACUCGCAUCGCCACGAUAAGCGCUCUAGCAACACCAACGCCCUCUACGUUUGAUCCGGCGCAACACCGCAUACAAGGUCUAAUGGAGAAGGAUUCGUACGGACGCUUUCUCAAGUCUCCUCUCUACUUGGAACUCAUUAAAGACAGCAAGGACUCUCAGGGAGAAACCCCCUAACGUUAUAACGUUUGGUACCGUUUUUAAAUGAUAUGUUAAACCUAGUCACUCAUAUACCUUAAUUGCUUGUAGUGUCUAUACCACUAUUAGUAUUACCAGGGUAGAUGUAUUCUUUCGGACUCAGGUAGGUAGUGAGGUGUAUUUAGGCAUUAAAAUAUUAAUUUUACUUUUUAGUUUCGUAGUACGUUUUUACAAAAGUUGUGUUACUACGGCAGUGUAAUAUGUUACAGCGGAGGGGAAACUUUAAAUUUGAUUAUUGUAUGCAUUAUAUUUAAAGACGUAAAAUCGUCCUGCAAACGUAUACGGUGUACUUAUACAUUCUAACAAAACAAAUACGUGUAUGUGUCAA